AUGGCAUCUUUUUCUCACAAUUAUUUUGAUGACAUAAUUGAUGAUUGUUUUAAUCAAGCAUCCGACCAAGUCACCGAUCAAGUAUGGCAAAAUCUUCUCAAUCCACCGGUUCAACCUCAACAACCACCGAAACCAAAGAAAAAGCGAGUUUUCAUUGAAAGAAAUCGAGAAAUUGGACAUGCCCACUUGUGGAACGAUUAUUUUGCUGAAGAUGCAACAUACACUCCCCAAAUUUUCCGGCACCGUUUUAGAAUGAACAAGCCAUUAUUCAUUCGUAUUGUUGACCGACUCGCUAAUGAAGUUCCAUACUUUCAACAAAGAAGAGAUGCAACCGGAAUGUUGGGUCUGUCAACAUUACAAAAGUGUACAACAGCAAUUCGUAUGAUGGCAUAUGGAUCUGCAGCCGAUGCAGUUGACGAAUACCUCCGACUUUCUGAAACAACCGCGCUAUCAUGCUUGAGCCAUUUCGUUGAAUCAGUCGUAAAUUUAUUUGGAGAGGAGUACUUGAGAAAGCCCACACCAUCAGAUCUCCAACGACUUCUCGACCUUGGCGAGUUCCGCGGAUUUCCCGAAAUGAUAGGAAGCAUCGAUUGUAUGCAUUGGGAGUGGAAGUAUUGUCCUACCGCAUGGAAAGGUCAAUAUACUCGUGGAUCUGGCAAGCCAACAAUCGUUUUAGAGGCGGUUGCUUCGCAAGAUCUCUGA